AUGUCUGGCUCAAAUAAUCAUUCCAUUGUGAACGGCAUUGGGAGCACAAUUUCCCAGGUUGAAAAGGCUAUUUCGGCAUCCUUGCGGCCUCUACCUACGGCGACUGGAAACGGGACCUAUGUCACUGAGCCUGCUCAGACGGGAAUUGUCAAGGACCUCAGCCAUGUCGACCUUACUGAUUUCAAGGCCCUGCUCGAGGUCGUUAAGGAUGCUGUAACAGGUCAACCAGUCGAUGAUAGACAUUAUAUAAUGGAGCGAGUCAUUCAGCUUGCUGCCGGGCUCCCUUCGACUUCUAAGAGUGGGAAGGACUUGACGAACACCUUCCUCAAGCAGCUUUGGAAUGAUUUAGAGCAUCCUCCGAUUUCAUACCUAGGCCGGAAUACUUCUUACCGCAAGGCCGAUGGGUCAGGAAAUAACUUCCUCUGGCCUCAUAUUGGAGCAGCUGGUAGCCACUACGCCAGGUCUGUACGGCCAACAACUGUUCAGUCGCCUUCGCUACCGGAUCCGAGCACGCUUUUCGAGUCCCUCCUGGAAAGAAAGGAAUACAAGGAGCAUCCGAACAAGAUAUCCAGUGUCUUGUUCUACCUCGCUUCCAUCAUUAUUCACGAUCUGUUUCAAACGGAUCGCAAUGAUUAUACUCUGAACAAGACCUCCUCGUAUUUGGAUCUCUCACCUCUCUAUGGCAACAAUCAAGACGAGCAGAACCUCGUCAGGAGUUUCAAGGAUGGAAAACUCAAGCCGGACUGCUUUUCCAGCAAACGAGUUCUCGGUUUCCCUCCUGGCGUCGGCGUGCUUCUGCUGAUGUUCAACCGCUUCCACAACUAUGUUGUCGAAAAUUUGGCGACUAUCAAUGAAGGUGGCCGUUUUACCAAGCCAGAUGAGUCUGAUGUCGACGCCAGCACGAGAUACGACAACGAUCUCUUCCAGACUGGUCGAUUGGUCACGUGUGGUCUAUACAUAAACAUCAUCCUCAAGGACUACGUUCGGACCAUAUUGAAUAUCAAUCGAACAGACAGUCUGUGGAGCUUAGAUCCCCGAGCUGAUAUCCAGGAUAGCUUGCUAGGAAGCGCUCCAGCGGAAGCCACCGGAAACCAGGUGUCUGCUGAGUUUAACCUCGUCUACCGCUGGCAUGCUUGCGUAUCCCAGCGUGACGAGAAAUGGACACAGGAUCUGUACAAAGAUCUUUUUCCAGGAAAGGAUCCCAACAAUGUUUCGUUACCAGAGUUUCUUAGGGGCGUGGCCAAGUGGGAAGCAAGCUUACCAGAGCAGCCCCCGGACCGUCCAUUUGCUGGAUUACAGCGUAAUGCAGAUGGCGCCUUUGAUGAUGACGACCUUGCGAACAUGUUUGCGGAUGGCGUUGAGGAUUGUGCCGGUGCCUUUGGUGCCGGUAACAUUCCAUCGGUCUUCAGAAAUAUCGAGGCCCUCGGUAUUUUGCAGGCGCGUUCUUGGAACUUGGCUACCCUGAACGAGUUCCGCAAGUUUUUCGACCUUGCGCCCUACAAGACCUUCGAGGAAAUCAAUCCUGAUCCAUACAUUGCUGCCCAGCUCAAGAACCUGUAUGAUGAGCCUGACCUGGUGGAGAUGUAUCCCGGUGUUAUCGUCGAGGCUACGAAAGACGCAGUAGUGCCUGGAAGCGGUUUGUGCACAAACUUCACGAUAUCAAGGGCCAUUCUCUCCGAUGCAGUUUCCCUUGUCCGUGGCGACCGUUUCUAUACGGUGGAUUACACACCAAAGCAUCUCACGAACUGGGCCUAUCACGAAAUACAGCCUCAGGACUCGGUUGACCAAGGGCAGGUCUUUUACAAACUGGUGCUGCGUGCAUUCCCCAAUCACUUUAAAGGAGAUUCAAUUUACGCACACUUCCCUCUGGUCAUUCCAUCUGAGAACAAGAAGAUCCUUGAGAAGCUCUCGGUUGCUCAGGAUUACAGCUGGGGCCGGCCGAGCUAUACGCCUACGCCGCAAUUCAUCAGCUCUAAUGCGGCCUGUAUUUCAGUUCUCAACGACCAAGAGGCUUUCAAGGUAACCUGGGGAAGCAAGAUCGAAUUCUUGAUGCGCCACAACAAUCACCCUUAUGGUCGGGAUUUCAUGCUGUCGGGUGACAAGCCACCCAACGCUGCAUCGCGCCGGAUGAUGGGCUCGGCCCUAUACCGCGACAAGUGGGAGAGUGAGGUGAAGCGAUUCUAUGAGGAUAUCACCAUAAAGCUCCUGCGCCAGCAUUCUUACAAGCUGGGCGGAACCAAUCAGGUCGAUAUCGUUCGAGAUGUCGCAAAUUACGCCCAGGUCCAUUUCUGCGCAAACGUAUUCUCUCUGCCCCUGAAGACUGAGUCUAAUCCCAGGGGCAUUUUUACCGAGGCUGAAUUGUACGAAAUAUUGGCACUUGUCUUCGCCUCCAUUUUCUACGAUGCCGAUGUUGGAACGUCCUUCCAGCUGAACCACACUGCCCGCGAUGUGACUCAACAGCUCGGGGAUCUGACCAUGGCCAAUGUUGACUUUGUCAACAAGGCCGGCUUCAUCGCAAACAUCGUUAGCAGUCUUCACCGGCACGAUGUCCUUAGUGAAUACGGCGAACACAUGAUCCAGCGUCUGCUGCACAACAAUAUUCCUCCAGCCGACAUUGUCUGGACACAUCUGUUACCAACAGCGGGUGGCAUGGUGGCAAACCAAGCCCAACUCUUCUCGCAAUGCCUUGAUUACUACCUGUCAGAUGAAGGAUCCGUUCAUUUGCCCGACAUCAAACGACUUGCCCAAGAAAACACAUCCGAGGCUGACUCCCUUCUUCUACGAUACUUCAUGGAAGGAGCUCGGUUGCGAUCGUCCGUCGGCUUGCCGCGACUGGUCGCGAAGCCUACUGUCGUUGAUGACGGUGGGUCAAAGUAUACUUUGAAGCCCGGCCAAAGUGUACUAUGCAACCUAGUCUCGGCUUCCAUGGAUCCCCGCAGCUUUCCCGAGCCAGAGAAGGUCAAGCUUGACCGCGACAUGAGCCUGUACGCCCACUUUGGAUUUGGGCCUCAUCAAUGCCUAGGCAUGGGCAUCUGUAAGCUGGCUCUCACGACAAUGCUCAGGGUGGUGGGACGUCUAGACAACCUCCGGCGGGCUCCUGGGUCUCAAGGCCAACUGAAGAGGAUUGCUGGACCUGGAGGGAUUUCGAUGUAUAUGACUGCAGACCAAAGCAGCUAUUGGCCAUUCCCAUCGACCAUGAAGAUCCAAUGGGAUGGCGAUCUGCCAAGUCUUGCUACGAACUGA